GAAAAAGGUACCCAACAUGUCAUGCGCCAACUGCCCCCCUCCUGCCACCAAAGAAGCCACAAACUCGGCCCCGAAUGAAAAGAGUCUCUCAACGCGUGCUCUUCAAGUGUGCUCGAUAGCUUUGCCGGAGAGCUUCGCAUUAUUAUCCUGUUCGUGCUGCUGGCUACCGACCAUUCUGGAUUUGGUAUUUGCUGGCUCAGUGACGGCGGCUAGUCUGCAGAACCUGCGAUAUGUCUUUCUGGCUAUUUCAAUCUUAUCGCUCGCGUGGGGACUACGCCGAGAAGGUCUCAGUCGCAGUAUGAUUUGCCGGAUUGUCAUCAGCGGCGGAAUGCUGGCCUGGGCGCAAUACAAGGAGCGAACAGAGGAAACGCGUGAGGCAAUCACUGAGCACAGGAUGAGCGGAAGAGCAAUCCUUAGCCCCGUGAAACACUCUACGUUUGUGUCCAUCCGAAAGUUCAACCCAGCUCUAGAUCUAUGA